AUGUCACAUUUUAAUUCAAGCGCCCAGACGCCUCAUCAGCCGUCUCUGGAUCAGCCUUAUCCAUACCAUCAAAAUGGGCCGCAACAGAUCCCGUCGAUCGUGGUCAACCCAAUACCAUCGGAUAAGAGGCUAGCCGAAUUCCAAAGUCCUCCUCAUAUCCGGCCCCAAGCCCUGCCGUCUACUCCGGACCCUAGGCUUCCGGGUCAAAUGAUGUACGCAGUUCCCGGUCAAAGACCUCCACAGCCGUAUCCUGGCAAUUUCUUUGCCCCGAUGCAAUCCCAGCCGUUUUAUUACUCUGGUCAACCUCUGCAAGGGGUUCCUGGCCAGGAUGAUAGAUUUGCACGUGGACCGUUCAUGGCUCGUCUCCCCGGCGGCACCGCAUUACAGCCCUUGAUGCUGCAGCAGCCAGCAGGGCUCAGAGCGCCGGCGUCACCAGCUGAAGUUCUGUCUCCAUUUCCUGUAAAUGAAUUGAGAACAACAUUCAAGCCUAGCAGAGUCAAAAAGAACAAAAAGCCGAAAAUCAACAAACUUAGUCAUGAUGCCCUAGAGAUGCAGUUUGCCAGAAAGAAACAAGAAAGAACCUUAAGCGAGGAUACAUUGGACUCGGUGUUUGCUGAUUUCCAGGAUGCUUUGAAAAUUGAAAGGCCCAGGACGUCACUUUCCACGGCUUAUGAAAAUGCGCUUGAGGAUGAGCUUGAGGUAAAGUUGUUCGACUUGUUUGUGCAUGUUAUCUCGAAAAGUAUUGACUCAUUUAUGCCACAAGAGUGUUUUCAAAAAAUUGCCUCGGAGUUGGCCUUGUAUGAGGACACAAGGAUGAUUCUCAAUUCCAUCUUUUGCCUAAGCUCGUUAAUCCUUCUGAGAAUCAAUCCAGAUGCGAUCGACUCCUCGUACCCACUCAAAUACUAUCAGAAAACUGUGGGGACUAUAAGACACCAUCUCAGUCGUCCAGAUGCAGAGGAUGAGAGCAAUGGUAUCCUUGCUCGUUGUUUGUUGGCCACAAUACUAUUGUGCAUCUACGAGCUCUUUUUCGUGGCCAUUGAUAGCACCUACGUGAAGGGUGCUGCUAGCAUUUUCAUCUCCAUCAUGUCUCGCCGAAACAGGUCUGAAAGUUUGAUCGGAAACUCCCCAUACUACCACACAUGCUUUUGGGGAAUGUUCGUCUGCGACUUGAUCUUGUCUUUAAAGCUCGAGCUUCCAAACAUGUACUCGCUAGAAAAAACCUGGAGAGCCAUGGAUCCUGCUUACUUCGAUUCAUUCAAUGACCCCACUGCUCAUCUGGAUGAGCCGGCUCGGUCCGUGAAGGAUGUCGAGGCUUUCCUCUCAAGCUCCUUGUUGACAGGCCAGAGCACUUGGUGGUGGCAGUACAAAGUGAUUAUAACACUCAGUAGCAUUAAUGAGUUUUCCAAUUCCUACGAUGUUAUAACACAGGAGGACUUUGCCAGUAAUAGGGAGUUUCAUCAGUGGAUGGAACUCAAUCAAAAGUUGGAGGAGAUCGAUCGUAAUCUCCCCGUUUCCUUGAAGCCAAGUGUCUGCCGCCCAGCGUCGAAGUCGAGAGUAUUCCCGCACAUCUUGUUCAAGGACGAGGCUACGGCGAUCGUUGGCUUAAACUAUAAAAUGGCGAAGAUAAGCCACUACGUCAAACUUGCUCACAAGUUAAGACUCGCUGACACCUUUUUGGUUGAUGAUCAAUUGGCGAAAUCUCGUUGGUAUCCUACAGAGCUACCGCAAUUCGAAUAUUUGGCCAGUGACGAUUCAUGCAUUGAGAGCAGCAUCACGUAA